AUGUCUGAGUCUUCCACUGAGCAGCCAAAGCUGGCUACACUGGCUUUGGCAGCAGCAUAUGCGGCAGCAAACUCGACCGAACCAGAACCUGCUUCAAGUUCCGACAGCCAGCCUUUAGGCAGUGACUCGACAACGCACAAGAUUGCCAGCAACUCAUCCCUUUCCAAACCCAAAAUCAAAUCCAAGGUCGCGCCCACGUCUAAGGAUCGAACUCGCGACCAACCCAAGAACGCAUCGAAGGUCAAGGCCAAAGUCAAUGCCAAGGCCAAGUCCAAGGUCAAGGCAGCGCAUCAGCGCUGCCAGGAUCAAGCGUCAACUGAAGCGGCCAAGAGUAUGGUGCCGACCUCAACGACCCCGGCUGUCAUCAGUCACCGAGUCAAAGAGCAAGCCAAAUCGCGCUCCCGAGACAAAGCAUCUGCCUCUGAAAAACCAGAGGUAGCACGUGAGUGCAAGGCCGUGCCGACGGCCACGCAAGAAACUCUCGUUGCGGAUCCUGGCAAGUCAGGAUCCGGUCUGCCUGGCAAAACCACCAAGGCGUCGUCCAGCACUGCUAAACGCGCUGCCUCGGCCAUGCCACACAUCGAUUCGGCGACCUGCUCAAAGUCUACUGCUCCGACAACUGGCCUUCCCUCCAAGCAGCCCAAGCGAGCCGCACCUCAAACUAACUCGUUGCCAAGCACUGGUGACAAGUACAAGCGUGACUUUAAGGCCAGCCAAGCACAAUCCCCAAAUGGCUCCGACUCUGACGACCAAGGUGGGGCCGAAGACGGCGGCGACGAUUUUCAAGACGAUGAUGACUUGCCUCUGACUGAUCUCGAGGAGACAAACUUUGAGCUUGUCUGUCCACUGGCAAGCUGUGGGCGGGCCUUUGAGCGUCUUGAUCAUUUGAAACACCAUCUCCUCGCACACAGCAAUUGCCGGCCCUACGAGUGCCAACGGUGUAACCGUAAAUAUCGUCAGGCAAGUGGCCCCGGUCCUGUUGUUCAAGUACAUCAUUUACACCUGCUCUCGCGUGUUUAUAGUCUGCGUCGCCAUCAGCGACACGCGGGUCAUCGCGGCGUGCAGGUGCAUAGGAAAGGUAUCGCUACGGCUCUCGAACCACUUGCGCCUCAGCUUGAAGCAUCAUAUGCGAGUCGCUUCAGUGCAAGUGAUAGCAAGCAGCGAGCCGAGCGAACCAUUGCAUUGCUGGUUGCCAAGGAGGCCAUGCGGGAGAAUGAGGACCCAAUUCGACAUGUGACCAAACGGACACAUACACAAAACAGUGCGGUUCGCCGCGCCUCGCCUUCCCUGACACCGCAGGCCCACGCACACAGCGCCUCUCACUCCCACUUUGGCUUGGGAGGGUCGGCGGCAGCGGCAGUCGAGGCAAACGCGAACAAGGCCACGGGUUUGCAGCAAGCCAUGCUUGGCCUAACAUCGGUCUUGCCAGGGAUGCCCAUCGUGGCAGGGGCGCCGCUCGGCCCCAUGUACACACCCCAGGCGUUGUGGCUUCAUCAACAGAUGUGGCUAAGUCUUCAGCACAAUGCAUUGGCCAUGCAUAGACUGAACGGUGGCGCGAGUUCCAUGGCCCAAGGCGCGGCUCCUGCCGGCAUGGGUUGGCCCAUGUUUUCCACCUCCACCGCGUUAGCUGCCGCGGCAGCCGCGAGCACGGCCAGCCAUGAGCAGCCGGGCCCAGCUGCUCCCAAUGAUGCGGCUGUCGAUACGGUCCCCGCAAGUGUUUCAGGUAUCCAGGGCCAUGCAGAGAGCGAACCGCCCAAGAGACCCUCGGAUGCUCUCGCGGCCGCCGAGCACGCCAUUGAUGCCCAGCCAGUGCAGCGGGUACAGGCACGACAAGUGCCUACAUCUCAGCAGUCACAAGCACAACAGCACCGCCCUUCUUCCCACUCCCUGCCUGUGACGUCCUUGCCUGGUAGUUUGCCUGACAAUGUGGCUUGGAUGAACCUUGGCGGUGGCAGUACUCCCGCGAUUGUUCCAUCGGCAUCAAUGGGUAACAGCGGCGUUUUGGAUGUGCAUAACCUAUCUUCCAUGGCCAACAUGUCCUUGUGGUCUCUAAUGGCGCAGAGCAUGCUGCCCACCAUGUCUGGUGGCCAACAUUUCCCGGUCACAACCGGCUCGGUGACUUCGUAG